CAGAUAUAAAAUACCUAGUAAUCAAACCGCGUUUUAAUCAAAAUUGUUUAACAAUACAUCAUCGAAAUGUUAAAAGUAUUUAUUGUAACUUUUUUUGCUUUUCAACUCAGCGCUAGUUCAAACAGACAAAGGGUCGCAGUGCCCUUUCCUAAGGAUAAAACGAUAAUAAUCGUGGAGGCCAUGAAAAGCUGUAUCGCGAAGACAGGAGCGAAUCCGAACUUUAUAGAUGUGAUCAGAAGCGGCAAGGUAUCUGAAGAUGAAAAAUUCAAAGAAUUCUAUUACUGCACUUGCAAUGAUACAGGGUUUGUAAAUCCUGACGGACACAUAAANAGUCUGAAUAUAGCCGCAGGUUAUUGGAUUUUUAUUUAA